GCUGAGGCCAGCGCCGAACAAACAUGCAGCGACUCAGGGGCGUUUUGCUGUGUCUGCUGCUGGCUGCGGCUGUCCCCACCGCCCCGGCUCCUGCCCCGACGGCGACGGGGACUCCAAUGGAGCCGGGUCCGGCUCUCAGCUACCCGCAGGAGGAAGCUACGCUCAAUGAGAUGUUCCGAGAGGUGGAGGAGCUGAUGGAAGACACGCAGCACAAACUGCGCAGCGCGGUGGAGGAGAUGGAGGCAGAAGAAGCAGCAGCGAGAACGUCCUCGGAGGCGAACCUGUCACGUUUACCUGCCAACUAUCACAACGAGACCAACACAGACACCAGGGUCGGCAAUAACACCGUCCAUACGCACCGAGAAAUUCACAAGAUAACCGACAACCAGACCGGACAGGUGGACUUUUCUGAGACAGUCAUUACAUCGGUGGGGGAUGAAGAAGGCAAGAGGAGCCAUGAGUGCAUCAUCGAUGAGGACUGUGGGCCCACCAGGUACUGCCAGUUUUCCAGCUUCAAGUACACCUGCCAGCCAUGCCAGGACCAGCAGAUGCUGUGCACCCGAGACAGUGAGUGCUGUGGAGACCAGCUGUGUGUCUGGGGUCACUGCACCAAAAAGGCCACCAAGGGUAGCAACGGGACCAUCUGUGACAACCAGAGGGAUUGCCAACCUGGCCUGUGCUGUGCCUUCCAAAGAGGCCUGCUGUUCCCCGUGUGCACAUUCCUGCCUGUGGAGGGGGAGCUCUGCCAUGACCCUGCCAGCCAGCUGCUGGACCUCAUCACCUGGGAACUGGAGCCCGAAGGCGCUUUGGACCGAUGCCCCUGUGCCAGUGGACUCCUCUGCCAACCUCAGAGCCACAGUCUGGUGUACGUGUGCAAGACAGUCUUCAUCGGUAGCCAUGACCAGAAUGAGGAGAGUCUGCUGCCCAGGGAGACCCCUGAUGAAUAUGAAGAUGGUGGCUUCAUAGGGGAGGUGCGCCAGGAGCUGGAGGACCUGGAGCGGAGCCUGGCCCAGGAGAUGGCAUUUGGGGCGCCUGCCCCUGCGGAGUCAUUGGGUGGGGAGGAGAUUUAGAUUCGGACCCAGCUGAGCUGCUGGUAGAUGUGCAAUAGACAUGGCUAAUUUAUUUCCCCGGAGUGUCCCCUAGGUGCGGGGCUGGCCAGGCAUUCUCCGCAGCUCCUUCCCGGUAGCUUUUUCCCUGGCUUGACAAGGUGCAGCGCAAGUACGUUUGUUCCAGCUGCCCCGCUGCUCUGGGGUUGGGAGAGACAGACAGGGUGGGAGAGGGCAGCGGCGAGCCGCCCCACACCAUGGUCAGACGUUCUGUUUUGUUCUUCAUGGACUGGAGAUUUGAUUGAAAGGAGAAGAUGGAAAGGGGUAAAGUCUGCUCAUGGUCGGCUCGGGGGAGACAUGGAGGAGGGUGCCUGCCCUGCAAACAAGGACUUGGCAAAACGUAGCCAUUGUUUGUUCUGUGGCCCUUCCGUGGGCCGAGGCCGCGUCUGCGCGCAGGAGCUAUGCUGCUCUUGUGGCCUCCCACACCUUCAUCCCCCGCCCUCUCUUUCUGCUCCUCCUACCUCACCAUCAGCACGCCCUUCUCAUCCGCUCAGUCCUCUCAGCGAUCAGUCCACUCAGAGCAGCCUGGGAGCGAACCAGAGUGGAUUUCUCGCCAAGCCCCUUGUUCUCUCACUCCCCCGCAACACACACCAGCCUUGGUGCCACCAACAGUAUUUCCAAAAGGAGGGGAGUGAAAUCCUUUUCUUCUUAUUUUUUUUUGCGCAUUUAAGGCAUGCCUGGAACUAAGGUCAGGCCAGUUUGCACAUCUCUCUAAGGUUAGAAGUCGCAGCGUGGAGGCCAGGGGUGUGGUCAUUGCCCUCUGCCAUUUGCUUCAGUAACUCCGAAAGUCAGUAAUUGGAGGACCGUUUGUAAAUCAAUUCACAGGAAGGACACUUGGGUAAUUGUAGGGCCAGGGUUAUAAAUGAAAUGUGCAGUCGUUUAGCGACAAGGGAGGGCCUUUCUCAAUGGCACAGAGAAAUCAGAAGCAAGCCAGGCUGUGUGUAGUAUGGCUGUGAUGUCCAGACAGAAGCUGGGCUGGGCGUCGGGUCUCAGAUGACUAUGUCAGGUGCCAGGAACCGGUUCCAUCCUGUCCUCAUCCAGAGUCGUUCAGCUUUAGAGCUGCGCCCAGUUGUCGAAGCAUGCUUUCUUCUGAGUUUUAAAUUACGGAUAAGCACAUGCGCUGCGCUCAAAGAUCAUGCAUAAAUUACUUUGGCUACUGUUUGAUAAUUCUUGGGCUUCUUUUCCCCCCCCCCUUUAGCUUUCAAUUAAUGUAACCCCCCUUCAUCCAGAACAAUAAAAUAAAACAUUCUGUAGUAUAAAGAGACGAAAAGUCUUUCCAUAGAGGCAGAUUUUCCAGGCAUCUGCGGUUCACUUCUAGACUCUGUUGGAACGCUUAUUCUUGUCUGGCUGGGACUGAGUUUUAGGCAAGCAAACUCCUUCCCAUCUCCCAAAGGAACAAAUGGGACAUGUGAGUCGUCUCUUGGAGGCGCCCUGUCGUCAAAGGUAGUUCUGGGCUUGUGCAGCACGGGCACUCUAAUGAAAUACCUGAGGCAAUUAAUUUAUGUAUUUAAAAAAGCGUAUUUUUGUUCCCUGUUUUGGGUGUCAGUCAUGAUCCUGUUGCCUGGAAACCGUGGUGGGGCAGCACAACAUGGCGGGGAGCAUGUGGUAGAGUCAGGCUGCUCCCAGGGAGAGAGAGAGAAGAACACACAGUCCUCCCCCAGGACCGGGGCCCUCUCACGAGGCCCCACCCCUCGUGUUGGUUUUAGCUACUCUCCUGGUGCUGACAGGAGCUGCCUGAAGGGUGAGGGUUCAUUUUGUAGCAGGCGGGGCACAGGGGUGGAGUGGGGGCUGCUUCCCACAGUUCCGAGGACCAGGGGGCAGAGAAGGGGUAAUGCCAGGAUUCAACUUUCUCCUUUUCCCCCUUUCAUUGAUUCUGGGACCCCAGACCAUUCAAUGGUGCCACCCCACCCAAAAGGGUGAGUUUCCUUCCUCAGCUGGAACUCUCUGGGAACUCCUUGCCUCAUAGACAGGUACAGAGGGUGUCUCCUAAAUGACUCAAAAACCCAUUUGGUUCCAAGACACGGAAGGGCUAUGUAAUAACUUUCUCACAUAACACCUUUGCCAUCUAAAAGACUUUAAAUCUCUAAUCUGAAGAUAUCACAGUAAAGAAACAUAAACAUUUAGAAAAACAAUACAUGUAAGUACUUGAUAGUCAUCUAUGUCCAUAGUAUGGGCUCAUUUGUCACUAAAACCUGUACUGGUUAGGAUCUGCUGUGUUUUAUCUGGUAUGCUGAAAUCCUAUGGUUUUAGCUACAAAUGUGAAGAUUCAGAAUAAAUGAACAACGUAUUAAAAAAAAACUACGCAGGUUGAUAAAGAAGAUUGUUGUAGCUUCCCAAUAGUGCUAUGGGGAACAAGCCUUUAACCAAUAGGUCUUUGGACACGGGGAUGGUUUACCUGGUCCAUAACAGAGCUGGGACACACCAAGCUCUUUAAGGACUAGAUUAAUGAGGGCCCUGUAUAUUUAGGUCAACAGGGCAGCAGGCGCUGACUCUCUGAAGUCCAUAUUAGCAGAUGACAGAAUGGGGCUUCAGAGAGGUGGAGGAGGGAGAAGUUAGGUGAAAUGGCUUCAAGGGUGCACUGAUUAUUUUACUGUCGAACAUGGAGGUGUUUUUUAUUCGAUGGCAACUUACAGGGCCUCUUAACUCCUGAUCACCCGGCGGCUAUGUGUGGAGGGCUUGCUCAGAGCAAGGGUUCGGAUGUUCCCAGGCGAGAGUCUCUGCUCUGAAAUCAUAUCAACAGAAGAUGGGACACAAACAGCUGAGUGCUAGAGGAGCCCUAGCGGAGGGCUUAGCUUGGAGGGCCACCAUGAAAGGGAAGGACCUAGACGGGAAAUGGAUAAGAUUCUCAAUGGACAGGGUGACUGGAAGCUAAGGCAAGCGUGAGGAAAUGCAUUGAGAUGAGUCUGAAAAUGGUUUUAUUGAAAACAAACAAAAAAGCCUGUUUGGUACCCACCAUGUAUCAAGUCUCAUUCGUGAAUGAGGGAAAACUAGGGUACCCUUCCCAGAGCUAACCACCCUGUGAGAGGCCUGAAUGCUCAGCCAAGAAGACCGCACCUCAACAUUGUUACUGGACCAUGGGAAGAGCUGAGCUGAGUGCGGCUCUUCACUGGCUGCCUGAUCUUUUCUUGGAUCCGGUUCCUGCCAGGGAAACAACAGCAGGAGCUAAGGUUCGGCUCCUUAGCAGUGAUCCCAGCAAAAGACCAAGCUGCCAGGGAGUGAUCCUCCCCUCCCCCGUUCCUGGCCUUCCAGGACAGGUGAUCAAGAUGUGGUAUUGGCUUCAAGGCCCUCUGAGGAAGCUGGGAGCUGUCGGACUGCCUUUCUCCCCCCACCUCCCCAGCCUUCAGCUAGCACUCACUGCUUAGCUUCUGUUAGUUUGACAGUCCUUGACCCAGGGCCUCUGUAUGACUUUUAUUAUUUCUGUGGCUAUAAAUAUCUGACAAGAACAACUUAAGGGAGGAGUUUAGAGUUCAAAGGAAUUGUCCACGAUGGUGGCAGGAGUGGCAAUGACUGUUUGUGCGACUACGGGGAAGCAGAGUGCAUGGGGAAGUGGGGAGAUCUCAAGGCCCACCUGCAGCGGCCCACUUCUGCCAGCAAGGCUCCACUCCCCUGAUGGUCCACAACCUUAGAGACUGCUGCAAACUGAGCACCAGCUGUUCAAAGACAAGUGGGUGCUGAUGGUGGUUGUUUGGUGAGAAAUGUCCCCUUUAGUCUUAGACACUUGAACACAGUUGGUGAUGCUGUUUGGGGAGGGUUAGGCGAUGCAGCCGUGGCAGAGGAAGUGUGUCACUGGGGGCAGACUUUGUCUGCGUUGAUUCUCUGCUUCCCAUGUGGGUUCAACAUGUGCCUCAGCUUCCUGGUUCUGUGCCAUGCCACUCUACCGUCAUGGAUGCCAACUGGGAGCCAAAAUAACUCAAGUUGCCCUUG